AUGUGGAAAUGGAUACUGACAUAUAGUGCCCCAGGCUUGUCUCACCUGCCCCGCUCAUGGCUGCUCCUGUUCUUGGUCUAUUCGCUGUCUGUCACCUGCCAUGAGGUCGCCGGUGGUGGCAGCAGGGACUUACUGCGCUCCGCGGAGUUCUCCUCCAACUCUUCUUCAGGGAGGCACGUGCGGAGCUAUAACCACCUCCAAGGAGAUGUGCGCUGCAGGAAACUCUUUUCCUUCCAUAAAUACUUCCUCAAGAUCGAUGACAACGGCAGGGUUAGUGGCACCAAGAAGGAUGACUGCCCUUACAGUGAGUAG